GCGUAUCAUCAGCGGCUGCACGAUCGAAGAACAGCCAGUGACUUGCGAAUGGUCGGAGGACGAGUUACGGCGGUAUUUCGGAUCCGCGGGGGCGGAAGAACGCGACAACGGGGUCGCGUCGCAUCGCGAGGACUCACCGGCCGCAUCGCUCGUUAAGCAGCGAAGAGAGAGGCCAGCGAGGGGAUCGAUCGCGAAUGACGGCUUUGUCUCGAUCUUGUUGACUUUCCGCAUGGAACACGAGGACUACGCUACAGUGUCGUACGAUCAAUCGACAAUCGGGUGUAUUUUAUCGAUGCCCGACGAUCUUCGUGUCAGCAUAUCGCCAAGAGGUCAUUACGAAGUUUCAAUGGGGGCCGAAGUUAAUCUGAAGGUUACAUCGGCCGAGCGGACGGAUUAUGAUGGAAUUGAAUUACGGCGGAGCACUUGUUCGUUCCCGUACAACUGGCUGUUCCCCUUCGGCAAAGGAGGUCGCGCAGUUCUCUCUACGAAAAGAAGACAGAAUGAAGUUUCAGCAAGGCAGAAUGAGCAGCCGUUGCCCAAGUUAUUACGGGUGCGCGUUUUCUUCGGCAUUAAGGAGACGGACGGAAGCGUCCUGAUCGAUAUACAGAGGGCCAUGGGACGCUAUUGGAUAUCUGUGUUCCGUGAUGGAGACAAAUGCCGGCUAUUUUACGCGACUGGAGGCAGUCGACCCGGCCAAGUUGAAAAUGAUUACGAGAGUUCGGAGAACGGCCUACCACUACGAGAGCUGGCUCUCGGCCUGAAAGCAAGUAUCGACGUUCAGACGUACGUCGAAGGCCUUCAGGAUCGUAUCUGCGUGAGUGUCGAUGCUACGAGCUAAUAUCCAAAGUGCGACCAUGUAGUGCAACCAAGAGCACGAUAUGCUGCAUCGGGAAACUGCAAUAAAAUUUAUAUAUCAGAACAAUGAUAAUUAUACACUUCCAG